CCGAUGGCAAAGUUUGCGUCCCGAGGGCGUCCCGCCCGAGGGACAGCAAUUGCCUGAGGUUAUUAAGGCUCAUUAAUUCCCGUGGUACAUAGAUAAUUUUAUUUCUGACCGAUUUCAAUAAAAUAUUGUUUAUUUUUAAAACGGAAAAAAUGUACCAAUUUAUUACCUUCCCAGUAUAUUUGAAUCAGGUACCAUUGAUUAUAAGAGUUUUGUUGUUGCUAGGUUGUUGCUAUGUUACGUGUUUAUAAACAGAAUUGUUACUUGCUUAUAAACAGUACUUUGUUAUCAAGCUGUGUUUGCGUUAAAAACGUGUUUUCUACCCCAAAUAUAAUGGAGCAGAUUUUGAAAAAAGCUGAAAAAGCAAGAGAAUCAUUAAUUCCAUCGAAAAGUGAAGCCGUAUACCAAAAAGAAUACAAGAUAUAUCUGGAGUGGCUGACACGGAAUAAUGUUAUGCCAAAAGAUGCCACUGAAACUGUAUUACUGGCAUAUUUUCAAGAAUUGUCAGAAACGUAUAGUCCGAAUUCUUUAUGGACUAAAUGGUCAAUGCUAAAAUCGAAGGUGAAUAUACAUGAGAAACGAGAUAUCGCCAAGUUCAAUGAACUAGAGGCUUUUUUGAAACGGAAGAGUAAGAGUUAUAAGCCGAAAAAGUCUGCUGUUUUAUCUCCUAAUGAUGUUAUCAGAUUUCUAAAGAACGCUCCUAAUGAAAUUCAUUUACUGCAUAAGGUUGUUUUGAUUAUGGGUUAUUUUGGAGGAUGCAGAAGUCAGGAACUUUUGAAUAUGAAGAUAUCGGAUAUAGAGGACCGGGAUUCCGUUAUGGUAGUGAACGUACCGGAAAGUAAAACUGGUGUAUCGAAGAAAUUUACAGUUGUGGAUGAAAAAGAGUUCUCUGCUUUGCCUUUAUUAAGACUUUAUAUGUCUUUACGUCCUAAAGGUAUUGAACGAUUUUUUUUGCGCUUCCAACAAAAUAAAUGUACAUCUCAGCCAAUUGGAAAAAACAUGUUUGGGAAAAUUCCCAGCAAAAUCGCAAUGUAUUUAGGAUUGCCAAACCCAUCUUCCUAUACGGGACAUUGCCUUCGUCGCACUUCUGCUACUGCUCUAGCUAAUGCAGGAGCAACUAUGACUAACUUAAAAAGACACGGAGGUUGGAAAAGUUCCACGGUGGCGGAGGGGUAUCUGGAGGAUAGCAUCGAAUUGAGAAAUAAAACGGCGCGUAUGUUGUCUACUUUGCCAUUAGAAGAGGCAGGUACCUCGACUGUAGUGAACAGAAGCUCCAGCCAUACAAAAGAAGAAAUUGUUUCCAGUGGCGGUAGUAAUUUUCAGGGAACAUUUCAAAAUUGUACAUUUAUUAUUUGUAAUGACGCAAAUAAAUAAAAUAUGGUUCAGUUUUCAUUUCAUAAAUAUAUACACAUAUAUGUAUAUUAGCAUUUUUUAUUUUAUUUUUACUUGUGAAAGGUAGAGGGAAUUAUAGAAUCUAUAAUGUCCCAAGGGAGUUAUGACUCUCUUUAUUGAUAGCGUAACUAUGACGAUAUAAGCUUAUAAUA